AUGCGGCGCAUAGUGCCAGUUAUUUCUCUCACCCUCUGGGCGCCUAACGCGAAACGACACCACAGCGAUAAAGAAGAAGGUGUAAACACAGAAACUCCUCUUCCGGAUCCUCUUGCUAGAGAAAAAGAAGUAGAUCCCUUUCGUGUAGGAUACAACAUGGGGAUGCAAAGUGUUCACUUGGAAGCUAUUAGAAUGAAACUUAAUGAUCAUUUGGAGCUUUUUAAAUCUCAUUUUCGUUCAUUAUCAGAUAUACUAAAGUCAAAUCAUGACCAGGUAAAACAUCUUCAAGUGCAGAAUAGUAAUAUAAUUUCUCAUGAAGUUAAGGAGUUGAAUAAUCAUUUCCUAGUUCAACUUUCUGCUAUAGAACAGCAUGUGAAUAAUCUAGAAAAAACCUUGAAGGGUAUUAUUGAUGAUAGAGUUGCUGAACUUCAAAGACACAUUGAUGACUCCUUUGAAAAUCUUAAGGAUACUGUUAAACUAGGUUUUGCUGUUCUUUUAUUUUUUAAUUUAUGGAUGUUUUACACAAUAUCACAGAAUCAUCGUCAACAGAUGAAUGCUCGAACCUCACAUACAGUUUCUGAACUUUCGUCGCGAAUGCAAAAAUGA